GCGUCCAGUUGUUGUAGUAGGUAAUGAGCAAGCAGUUAUAACGAUGGAUCAUUCCUUCCUUCCUUUGUUCCUCAAAGGUGUCCGGGAUGUAGUCUAUAACAUGUAGCAUCUUUUCUCUUUGUCCAUACACUAAUCAGUUAUUAUUACGAGCUCUUUUUACAUUCCAGAAGCCUUUUUUCCUCCUAUCACCCUGGGGCGCUGAAAUGUUGAUAGCAUUUUGAUCUGUUUAAUAUCUGAAUCAGCACUCAAGCAGUCAGGCGAGGAGACGGGAGACGGGAUGUUUUGCACAAAUCUGACAACAACGCAGGCCAGUUGAUGCGGAGAGGGCAAUGGUUCACUGACUCGACGUAAUCUCACAACCCUACUGGAACCGUUACCAUGGCCACAAGUGGAGGCUACUCUAUAAACACAGCUCAGGAUGACCAAUCAGAUGAGAGCACGCCCUUACUGCCAGCGAAUGGGCCGCAGGCAACCAAAGCAGCCCCACAGUGCUGCUCGGUACGCUGCGGCCUGGCCGUGCUCAUGUUCUUCGGCUUCGCCGUGGUCUACGGUCUCCGCGUCAACCUCAGCGUUGCCAUGGUAGCCAUGGUAAACAACAGCAGCCCGGAACCCUCGCUCAACCACAGCGUCCAUCAGGAGUGUCCUGUGCCCACGCCCAGCUCUGACAACUCCACACAGGAACCUGAUGAGCCUGAUGGGACGCGUCGGUUUGCGUGGGACUCGGAGACCCAGGGCAUGCUGCUGGGGGCCUUCUUCUUCGGCUACCUCCUCACCCAGAUCCCCGGGGGUUACCUGGCGGGCCGCUUCGGGGGCAGUGCCUUCCUGGGGGGCGGCGUGCUGGGCACCGCGGCACUCACCUUGCUGACCCCCCUGGCAGCAGACAUGGGGGCCUCAUGGCUGUUUGCACUCAGGGCACUGGAGGGCUUUGGAGAGGGGGUGACGUUUCCGGCCAUGAUGGCGAUGUGGGCCCGCUGGGCGCCCCCUCUGGAGAGGUCGCGCCUCAUGACCUUCUCGGGCGCGGGGGCCAGCUUCGGGGCCUUCGUAGCUCUGCCCCUCACCGGCUUCAUCUGCAACAAGCUGGGCUGGCCCGCCGUCUUCUACUGCUGUGGAGCUGGAGGUUGUGUCUGGGCUUUUUUCUGGUUCCUGCUGGUGUCAGAUGAUCCUAAGACCCACCCUCGCAUCAGUGAGCAUGAAAAAGACUACAUCACCAAGUCCAUUGGCUCUCAGGGAGGUGCCCAUGGCUGGUCGGUACCGCUGGGUCCCAUGCUGCUCUCUGUGCCCCUGUGGGCCAUCAUCGUGUCCCAGAUGUGUGCCAACUGGUCCUACUACACGCUGCUCACCUCCCUGCCCAUAUACAUGGACACCAUACUGCACUUUGACCUGCGACAGAAUUCUUUCCUGUCCGCGCUGCCUUACCUGGGAGGCUGGAUCUUCUCAGUGUUGUCGGGUGUACUGGCGGACUUUCUCCUGGAGAGGGAGAUCAUGAGCACUACAGCAGUGCGCAAGAGCUUCACAGUCGUCGGUCUGUUGCUGCCGUCUGCCCUGCUGGUGGCUGUUGGCUUCGCGGGCUGCAGUGGGAUGCUGGCCGUGCUCUUCCUCACCCUCUCCUCCACACUAGGGGGCGCCAGCGCGGCCGGAGUCUUCAUGAACCAGAUCGACAUCGCCCCUCGCUAUGCAGGGAUGCUACUCGGGAUCACAAACACAUUUGGGACCAUUCCAGGAGUCUUGGCACCCAUUGCUGUGGGCCAUCUGACCAAAGAUCACACCCUGCUGGGUUGGAGGAACGUCUUCUUUGUGUCAGCCGCAGUGAGUGCCGUCGGGGCGCUGGUGUUCACACUGUUUGGCAGUGGAAAGAUCCAGAGCUGGGCCAUGGCUGCAGACAAGCAGGACGGAGCAGAGGAGAGACAGCCGUGCGUUGCUGCGGUUGCUGUUGGUGACGACGCAUGACCACACCCUCAUAGCUAACUCGUGGUGCUGUUGUCCACCAACGCAAAUACGGGACACACUCUCUCAUAAAUACCUACACACACAUUCACAUUCAACCGCAUACAGUCAUAUGGUGCUGCUUGGCAUUUUGUGAUACUCACGCCAAGUCUGUAUUUCGUAACAAUUUUCAUUCUGAAAUACCAAAUUUGCGAUACAGUUUUAACAAUUUAAAUAUCUAUACCUAUUUUACAGCUUCAAAUCAUGUACACUUUAAUUUAAUAGUGUAUAGUCUUUUAUUAUAGAUUUUAUUAUAACAACUUUGGAGUUGUUUACAAAGACCUCCAUGUGUUCAAAUAUCAUGUGAGGUCUUAACUCAAUACUUGACUGAAGUCAAUGUGUAGCUUGUGACACCUGCUUGGCACACAUUUACGGCAGUGUCAAAGACAACAAAUGUCUUCUAUGGCUACCAGGCUAACCAGUUUCUCAUGUCUGCUUUGGAGGACAAAUGAUGCCCCGUUCAGUCCUCAUUCCUCAUCUCAGCCCUUUCAUUCAGUGGAAUUGCACGGCACAUGUAGCCUGGCUAUAGCCAGACUAUAUCAUAAGUGAGAUAUAAGUCUGGGAACCAUUUAUUCAUUUUUUUUGUCGGGGAGAUCAAUCUAAAAUACUGAAAAUAUUAUCUAAAGCUUGAUGGAAAGCUGACAUGGUGGAUUUCUAAACAAACCACUAGCUUCCGUUCGUCUAAUACUAUGUCUUAACCUCCCUCCCCUCCCUGGUUGGGAUCCCGUACUCAGGCAAAGAUUUCAACCUGGGUUUCCAUGCUGUCUUUCAGACCAUAAUGAGCACAGCCAUGGAAGUCAACAGGGAGGGACAGAGGGGUCUCUUGUCACUGGCCUAGGGAAAAAGGGUGCCAAAAAUUGUGUCCUCAUGACAUUGUAUGUAUUGGAUGAGGGGCCCUUUCACAUGACUUUGUCCUGCGCCCGGAAAAAGCUGUCAGUGGCCCUGAGCACAGCAAGGCAGCAUGGGAAUUCUCAGGCUAUGGCACAUGUGUCAGAUGUGUUAUGUGCCAGAUUCUUCAACUCUGGCUUAAGUAUUUUGAUUAGAUUCAGGGCCUAGACUUUGACUCUGACUCUGGCACGGCCUGUGACCGCUUUAGCCACUCCUUUGGCUGCGGUGCCGGAAUGCCAGGGAUGAUUAUCUAGCAGCACAGUGACCCGAUUUUCAGGCCCAACUCUUGGCUAAAGUCCACUCUGCAACCUGGCUUGGCUUUUGGUUUGCCUUUCUGUCUGGAAAGAAAGUUGUUCAUAGGGCCCUCCAAAUCUAAAUCGUCCUUGGAUUUGAUUGAUGUUUUAAAAUUCACAGAUCCAGAGUUCCCCUGGUUCAGAGUUCAUGCAUACAGUUCAUGCAUGCAGCAGAGAAAUAUGUGUUAACUGAAUGGGGCAUUCAGCAAGGAUUUUUUAAAAACUGGAUAUGAUUUCUUUUAACAAAGACUGACAAAGACUCAGUCCAGGAAUUCACAUAAUAUGUGCGAAAGAAUGCUUCAAGGCUUUUGAAGUAAUUUGAAUUGGGUAAUAAAAUGAAAUGCUUGUGCUCAGUUCUGUUUUACAGAUGCACAUAGUAAUACCAAUCAUGAUUUUUUGACAGGAUUUUGUUUGUGAACACAGAUAUGUGACAGAUAUCUGAAAAUAAUGUAGUGUGCUGUUCCCUGAUUUUCGGAUUUAACUAGCCAGUUCUUGCCAGUAUCCUGUUUGUUUGUCUUCAUGCAAAAGAAAUUCGAUUUUGUAAUUUGGUGGACCUAUGCACUCUGAGUGAAGAUGUUUUUUCACACACCUUCAAGCAGCACUAUAUAACUCUUUGUGGCUGUUUUGUGUAUGUGUGUGUGUGUGUGUGUGUGUGUGUGUGUGUGUGUGUGUGU